AUGUAUCUCGCCAGGGCGGUCCGAUGCCCCCCUCAUCUCCGCGCGACCUACGUGGAGAUCUCCAACUACUUCCGCGGCAGACAACUCGGUCGGCUUUCAGCAUUGCAGGCUCACACCUCCCCUGUGCGAUCGUUCCAUGAUUUCAGUGAAAAGCACCGCUCCAAUGUGACCUCGUCGGAGUUCCUAGAUAAGUUCAAGCAAUCGAUGGAAUUCCCCCAGACAACAUUGGAUAUCGACACUUUGUAUUCGCAGGAUUACGAAGGCCAAUCCGUACUCCUCCAUGGCUACCUGGACAAACGCGAUGACAUGGGGAAAGAGCUCUCGUUCGCCCGCUUGUAUGAUCACACAAUGGGUCGUACCAUACAGCUUCUCUCAAACUCACAAAGCAAUACUCUGCCCCAGCUCAAGAAGAUCAGCAGGGGUAGCCCAGUGGUUGUUCAAGGGACAGUUAAGCGCAGGGUGACAAAGACUGCCGAGGAGGAGCGCAACGAUUACUUGGAGAUCGCGCUGGAAUCAAUUCAACCGCUAAACGAGUUUCCCCGCGAGAUUGUGCUAUUCGGAAAGAACAUCGUUCACCCGCCUAAGCAUCGCCACCUUCAACUGCGAAGCGAUAAAGAGCUGCGUGAUGCUCUCCGGUUCCGAGCGCAAGCGCGCAAUGUCUGCCGGGAGACGCUGGAACAGCUGAAGCCAGCGUUCGUUGAGAUAGAGACACCUUUGCUGUUCAAGUCGACUCCGGAGGGUGCUCGUGAAUUCAUCGUCCCGACCAGGAAGAGGGGGAAAGCCUACGCUCUUCCUCAGAGCCCGCAGCAAUAUAAGCAGAUUCUCAUGGCAAGUGGAAUCCCGAGAUAUUUCCAGUUCGCGCGCUGCUUCCGUGACGAAGACCUCCGCGCCGAUAGACAGCCGGAGUUCACUCAGCUGGAUCUGGAAAUGGCUUUUGCUGCCGGACAAGAUGUCAUGGCCGUUGUUGAGGAAAUAAUCCGCGGCCUGUGGGGGAACAUGAUGCGUGAGCCAGUCCCUUCAGGUCCGUUCCGUCGAAUGACUUACCAGGAGGCAAUGACUCGCUAUGGUUCGGACAAGCCGGACACCCGCCAUGGAAUGGAGAUUCAUCGUGUCGAGCACCUCCUUCCUGCCGACCUUGUGUCGAAGAUCACCCCUCUGACAGAUCCAAUCGUUGAAGCCUUCAAGAUGGAUACCGUCGAGCAGCUACCGUCAGCAACUCGCGAAUUUGUUUCACGGUUCUUCGACUCUACCGAGGGCGUGCCAUUCAACAAGAACCCCGAUGGUGCACCAGGAAUAUUCAUCUAUGACGAAGGACAACCCCUGAAGGGCCUGGGACCUCUCGGGUUCGAAGCAGCCGAAAAGAUCCAAGAGAUGCUAGACCUUAGUCACGGCGACCUGCUCAUCCUUCAAGCUCGCCCACAAGGCCCUUUCGCCGGUGGUGCAACCCAACUCGGCAGCAUCCGCCGCGCUAUGGCUGCCGCCUCCAUCUCCGAGGAACUAAGAGAAGCGCCCCCAGGCUUCGAGUUCCUCUGGAUAGUCGACUUCCCUCUAUUCAGUCCCGCGGAUGCCUCCGAACCCGGCCAAGGUGGUACUGCCGGCCUCUCCGCCACCCACCACCCUUUCACAGCCCCGAAGACCUCUUCGGACGUCGACCUCCUCAGCAAAGACCCCACUAAAGCCCUCGCGGACCACUACGACCUCGUUGUCAACGGCGUCGAGCUCGGCGGCGGUAGUCGCCGUAUUCAUUGCGCCCUGACCCAGAACUACAUCUUCAAGGAAAUCCUCAAGAUGCCCAAGGAACGCAUCGACGAGUUCCAGCAUCUCCUGAAUGCCUUGUGGGCCGGAUGUCCCCCGCACGCUGGGUUCGCUCUGGGCUUCGAUCGGCUCAUCACUGUCAUGUUGGGCAAGGAGUCGGUUAGGGAUGUCAUUGCGUUCCCGAAGAUCGGAAAGAAGGGCGAGGAUGCGAUGGUUAAAGCGCCUGGUGUAUGUAUAAUUCGGAAGUCUCGACUGGUAUUCACCACACAGUACCAGAAAAUAAACGCCGACCAAAACGGGAAUCUAAUACAUCCAUGA